GUGGCACAAAUCCAAAAAAACUUCCAUCGUCAGACUUCCCGCGUUUUUUGUUUUUUUCCUUAAAACAAAUAUCAAACGGUGUCAUCAAUCCCACCAAUCUCUUUCAUCUAGGAGAUUGCCCAAGAUGCCACCUCCUCCGCAUCAGAAGCCUGAGAAUGUUCUCAAGCGUGCGCAGGAGCUUAUUGGUGUCAGCCAGGCUCCUGCCGCCUUGAAUCUACUACAUGAUCACAUCACCUCCAAGCGAUCCCGAAAUGUCCCCAUCGUAUCCUUGGAGCCUGUUAUGCUCCUCUUAGUCGAGCUUUCUGUCGAACAAAAGAAAGGCAAGCUCGCCAAGGAUGCCCUCUACUCUUACAAGAAUAUCGCCCAGAAUACCAACAUCGGUACCAUCGAACUCGUACUUAAGAAGUUCAUCGAGCUGGCCGCCGAAAAAGUUACAGAGGCCCAGAAGAAAGCAGACGAACUUCAAUCAAGCAUCGACGCAACUGCGACCUCGAGCAUUGAUGACUUGGAGGCUAGCGAGACCCCCGAGUCCAUUUUAUUGGCCACAGUUUCGGGCGAACAAUCCAGAGAUCGUACUGAGCGUGCUGUCGUCACGCCAUGGCUCAAGUUCCUUUGGGAAGCAUACCGUACCGUUCUGGAUAUCCUGCGAAACAACGCGAGGCUAGAGAUUCUUUACCAAAGCACUGCCAAUCAGGCCUUCGACUUUUGCCUCAAGUAUCAACGCAAGACAGAGUUUCGACGACUCUGCGAGCUCCUCCGUAACCAUGUCCAGACCGCUGCCAAAUAUUCGAGCCAGAUGCACGCCAUCAAUCUUAAUGAUCCCGAUACACUACAGCGACAUCUAGAGACUCGUUUCCAACAGUUAAACGUUGCCGUAGAACUCGAGCUCUGGCAGGAGGCAUUCCGAAGUGUUGAAGACAUUCAUACUCUCCUCAAUCUAAGCAAGCGACCGCCCAAGAACAUCAUGAUGGCCAACUACUAUGAGAAACUUACCCGAAUCUUCCUCGUCGGCGAGAAUUAUCUAUUCCAUGCCGCUGCUUGGUCUCGACUGUACAGUCUUCUCCGAUCCUCCGCGGGUCUCGUAGCCACCGGCCAGGGCAAGAAAUCCGACAACCCCUCCGCCACGGAGGCCGAUCUUCAGAAGGCUGCUUCCUUUGUCCUUCUAUCGGCUCUCUCAAUCCCUGUCAUCAGCACUUCGCGAUCACGAGGCGCCAUGGUAGACUUUGAUGAGGCCAAGAAGAACAAAAACUCGCGCCUUACGCAUCUCCUUGGCAUGGCCUCCGCACCCAGCCGUGCUGGUCUAUUCCAUGACGCGCAUGCCAAACAACUCCUGAAGCGUGCUCGCCCCGAAAUCAGAGACCUUUAUAACAUCCUCGAAGUUCACUUCCACCCCAUUUCUAUCUGCCAGAAGAUAUCCCCCAUCCUCACCAAGAUUGGUGCCGAUCCUGAGAUGGAGAAAUAUAUCUUGCCCCUGCAACAAGUCAUCCUAACUCGCCUUUUCCAACAACUGUCUCAGAUUUACGAGUCUGUUGACCUUGCGUAUGUCGAGAGCCUUGCCAAGUUCCCGGAUCCGUUUCAGAUUUCUCGCGGAACUAUCGAAAAGUUCAUCAUGAAUGGAAACAAGAAAGGAGACCUCUCUAUCCGUAUGGAUCACGCCACCGGUGCGCUUAACUUCGACAAGGAUGUAUUUGCUUCCUCCAAGCCCGUCCACGCCGGUUCAGCGGCUGGUUCUGCUGAAAACCCGGUCGGUUCCGUGCAACGUCUUCAAAUGACACCGUCGGAGAUUGUACGCUCACAACUAGCUCGGCUCGCAACUACCCUUUACACAACCUGUUUCUAUAUUGACCCAACUCUCCGCCAAAGUCAGUUGGAGGCCCAGCAAUCAGCAUUGGCCAGGGCUAAGGCUGGGGCUGAACAGGAACACCUUGAAAUCUUGGCUCGUAAAGAGGUCAUUCAAAAGCGAAAGGAGGAAGCCUCCGAGCUGCAGGCUAAGCGAGAGAAAGAGAAGGCCAGACAGAAGCGACUCCAGGAGCAAGCACUGGCAGAGGCCGAAGAACGACGUUUGGCCCAGGAGCAGAAAGAACGCGAAGAGAAACGUCUCAAGGAUGAAAGAGACCGCGUUCGCAGGGAGGAACUCAAGAAGCAGAUUGCCGAUCUUAAAAUUGGUCCCAAUGCCAUUGAGAUUGAUCUUGAGAAUAUUGACGAUUAUGAUAGCAACCGCCUUCGUGCCAUGAAACUUGCCCAGCUCGAACGGGAGAAGAAUGACAUCAAUGAGAAGCUGCGCAUCACCGGAAAGCGCAUCGAUCAUCUUGAGCGCGCUUUUAGAAAAGAGGAGGUCAAGAAGCUUGCCGAUGACUACGCCAAACAGCGUGAGCGUGACCUAGCUGCCUAUGAAGCAGUAAAGGUACAAACGCUCAAGGAAUCUAAGGAGAAGCACAAAGAAAGUGUUGAGUUGAAGCAUCGUCUAACCCGUCUCAUGCCUCACUACGAGUCGUUCAGAAAGUCUCUCCACGACCGUCGCCGAGAUGAGUUUGAGAAGCGUCAACGUGAUGCUGAGAGAGAAUUAGAGAAGCAGAUUGCGGCUCGCAAGAAGGAGUAUCGCGAGCGCAAGGUACGAGAAAAGAGAGAGCGCGAAGAAAAGGAGAGAGCUCUGCGGGAAGCAGAGGAGCUCGCUGAGAAGCAGAAGAAGGAGGCGGAAUUACGUACCGAGGAAAAACGUCUGGAACUUGCCAGACUCAAGGAGCAGAGGGAGAAGGAGCGUCAAGAAGGCCUAGAAUUGGUUGCUCUUCAGACAAGACGAGAGGAAGAAGCGAUGGCCCGAAGGGCAGCCGAGAAAGAAAAGGAACGUGCGCCACUCAGGCGCGAAGCAAUCCCUCUGGAACGUACGGACUCCAACGAUCGGCCUGCUCUUGCACCGCGUCUCCCAAUUGCCGGCAACAAGAUCUCAUGGCGUGAGCGCGAGGCGGCCAAGAACGCUGGUGCCGGUGCCGCCACAAGCAGCAACGGGCCAAGCCGGACCAGUACGCCCAUGGAACGCACAGAUUCCAAUGAGCGUCCCUCGGGGCCGCCUCGAAUUAACCUCCAAGGGAAACAACCCUCGUGGCGUGAACGUGAGGCCGCCAAGCGAGCUGAGGGUGGUGCUUCAAGUACCCCCCGAGACAGCCCACCGGCAGCGGCUCCUACCCAGGCUCCUAGUGAGGCCCUCAAGCCUUCUGGUGCUCCUGGGAAGUGGGUGCCCAAACGUCUCCAAAAAUAAGCAAGGUUAGGCAUUGAAGGACCGGCGUUCAUGGGGGUUUGGGUUUAGUGUGACUCGGCUGUAACUUAGAUCAUGAAGAGAAAUUUACUGGCUUCAUAAUUCUAUCCAGUUACGACCUCACGACAGGCCUACCAGAGCCUACUUACCAUACCAUUGCCCCGUACCACACGAUUGUCUAUGUCAUAGUAUUAAUGAAUAAGAGCAGAAUGAUGGAUCCAGAAUCAGAAACGCGUAGAUAUAAUAUUUCGUCUGUUUUAGCCUGUUUGAUAAUUUUUAAUGUGUUGUGAAUGAAUCUUCCUUUUCUUUUU